UUUGUUAUGAUAAAAUAUUUCAGAUUGGACCCACAUAACGCAACUUAAGCCAAAAUCAAAGCACCCACAUUUCCUGCUUAAUUCCAAUUUUCAACACACUUUUAAGACACUACAAAAAACAGUUAUUGCAGUAAACAUUUGUUCACACCAAGCUGGUGUUUUUAUUACUGCAAUGGCGGAACCAUCAAUUUCAAACUUGUUCUUCUUGUUGUUGUUGGUUUUGUUCUGCUGCUUCUCCCACAGUGAACCCUCGCGAUACGACCAAGAAGAGCUACAAUGGCUAGACAACAAAGACGACGAAGUAAACAUGCUCCAAACCAGACACUCGUCUCUCCGUAAUUGCGAUUUCACCAAGGGCAAAUGGGUCUCCGACCAAACCUACCCUCUCUACUCCGCCGCCACCUGUCCCUACCUCAGCUCCGCCGUCUCCUGCCGCCGUAACGGCCGCCCCGAUUCCCACUACGAGAACUUCAAAUGGGUCCCCGAUUCCUGCUCAAUCCCCAGAUUUGAUGCAUUGGAUUUUCUGGGAAAGAUGAGAAGAAAGAGAAUCAUGCUAGUUGGGGAUUCAAUAAUGAGGAAUCAAUGGGAAUCUCUUGUCUGUUUAGUUCAAUCAGUUGUCCCCACUUCAAGAAAGACUGUUAUCUACAAUGGUCCAACAAUGGCGUUUCUUGCUUUAGAUUUUGAGAUGUCAAUAGAGUUCUGUUGGGCUCCAUUGUUGGUUGAGCUGAGGAGAGGGCAAGAUGGGAAGAGAAUAUUGCACCUCGAUUCCAUCGAAGAGAACGCGAAGUACUGGCGUGGCGUCGAUUCUCUCGUGUUCGAUUCCGCUCAUUGGUGGACUCAUUCCGAUAAAUGGAGCUCAUGGGAUUAUGUGAUGGAGGGAAGUAAUAUAUACAGAAACAUAAAUCCAAGAAUUGCUUAUGAGAAAGGCCUCACAACAUGGGCUAAAUGGAUUGACCUAAAUCUUGAUCCUAGAAGCACUAGGGUUUUUUUCAGAACCAUGUCACCUAGCCAUAACCGAGAAAAUGGGUGGAAAUGCUACAAUCAGAGGGAGCCGUUGGAGUAUUUUAGCCGGAUACAGGUUCCAGAACAAUCGGUGAUUCUCCGGAAGGUUCUGAGAGGAAUGGAGUUUCCGGUGUCCGUUGAGGACAUAACGGUAAUUUCAGCUUUGAGGAAAGACGGUCAUCCUUCGGUGUAUGGUAAUAUUGGAGCUAAUAAUAAUUCUUCGGGCGAAAAGGAGAAGCAGUUAAAAGACCGUAACUCCGACUGUAGCCAUUGGUGCUUGCCCGGUGUACCCGAUACCUGGAAUGAGAUCUUGAAUGCAAUGCUUUGAUAUAUAUA